UGGGAUGACAGGGGCAUGAAAGGGAAACGAGAAGAGAAGUCGCGCAAACACAUUUCUUGUGAAAAGCAAUAAACGUUAGUUGUGGUGGCGAAUUCAGUCUAUAUUAAAUACAGUCAUUGAUGACGCGAUAGAAAGGCCUCCACCAUGGGUGAACCACAGCAGGUGAGUGCCCUACCUCCCCCUCCCAUGCAGUACAUCAAGGAGUACACGGACGAGAACAUCCGCAAGGGGCUCGCCCCCAAACCCCCUCCUCCCAUCCGAGACACCUACAUGAUGUUCGGCAACCAGUUCCAGUGCGACGACCUGAUCAUCCGACCGCUGGAGAGCCAGGGCAUCGAGCGGCUCCACCCCAUGCAGUUCCACCACAAACGGGAACUUAAGAAGCUCAACAUGUCCAUCCUGGUGAAUUUCCUGGAUCUCCUGGACAUCCUGAUCAAGAGCCCUGGCAGUAUAAAGAGAGAGGAGAAACUGGAGGACCUGAAGCUAUUGUUUGUCCACAUGCACCAUCUGAUCAAUGAGUACCGUCCUCACCAGGCCAGAGAGACCUUGAGGGUGAUGAUGGAAGUGCAGAAGAGACAGCGCCUGGAGACUGCAGAGAGGUUCCAGAAGCAUCUGGAGAGGGUCAUGGAGAUGAUCCAGGGGUGCCUGGCCUCCCUGCCCGAUGACCUGCUCCAGACUGAGGGCUCGAGUGGGGCAGGGGAUGGGUUGAGGGGUGGUGGAGCAGCGAUGGGGUUGACCGCCAGGUUAAAGACUGAGCCCAUGGAAGUGGAGGAGGCUGGGGCUAGCUGUAUGGCUGUUGGGCCACAACAGGACAAAAGCAUGGGUGGUGCUGCUAAGAAGGACAGAGUAUGGGACAAGGAUGCAGCAAUGUGUAGUAUUAUCGACGAGAUCGCCUGAGUUUUGUAUUUAGGGCUGGGGUCUCUACAGAAGGCUGCAAUGAUGAAGAACGUUUAGAUAGAAAUGUGUUCUGUAAAACAGAUUGUCUGUUGUGAAUCGAGUCCUCUUCAUUAUAUUUCUAUAUGUUCAGAAUCAAAAUGAUUCACCAUGYUGAAUAUAGGUUUCUCUUGUUUUGGUAUGUUUGUUUCAUUGCUAUUAUUGGUCUCUGUUUAAUUGUGUUGUAUGCUUAAUCUAGUUCUGAUCACAUACGCUGUCAGCUGUUUUAUAGUAUUUUUCAUGGACUAUGAAGUGUCACAGACUAUGAAAACACACCUUGAGUUCAGAAUUUUUUGGGGCUAUCAUUAACGUUUGGAUGCUCUUAAAAUUCAUAAUUUGAUAAGUUAAUAAAGCAAUUUCCAAGUCCUGUAACAUAAUUGAUUAAUUCUAUUUUAUAUGAUUCAUUUUCA